GCGCACGGUAAACUUCCUCAUACUUGCUCCAUCACUUCCCCUGUCUCUCCUCUCGGACUUCCUCCUCUUCACUAGCCCCACCCGCACACCUCGUACUGAGAUAGAGAUCCGCUGUCCCUUCUGCACACUCACACGCAUGCACACACUCACAAACGAACACACUCACACACGCCCAGACGCGGAGCUCUGUGACCGGAGAGGAGCACCGAUGACCGUCAGACGAUGGGCCGUCACGUGUCUCUGAACAAACUGUGUUGACUGAAGGAAGCUGAAGUGUCUCUGACAGACAGAACGAGUCGACCAAUCAGAUCCCUUGAAGCUGGCUGUGCUGCAGGUUGCUGAGGUCAGAGGUCAUGCAGAGCAUCAAGUGCGUGGUGGUGGGUGAUGGUGCUGUGGGGAAGACCUGCCUCCUCAUCUCCUACACAACAGGAGCCUUCCCCAAGGAGUACAUCCCCACAGUGUUUGACAACUACAGCAGCCAGGUCACCGUGGAUAACCGGGUCAUCAGUCUGAACCUGUGGGACACGGCAGGUCAGGAGGAGUACGACCGCUUAAGGACGCUCUCCUACCCGCAGACCAACGUCUUCAUCAUCUGCUUCUCCAUCUCAAGCCCCGCCUCCUACGAGAACGUCAAGCACAAGUGGCACCCAGAGGUGUCUCACCACUGCCCCGCCGUCCCCAUCCUUCUGGUGGGCACCAAGAGCGACCUGCGGAGCGACGGCGAGACGCAGCGGAAGCUGAAGGAGCAGAACCAGGCGCCCGUGGGCCACCAGCAGGGCGCCGCCCUCGCACGCCACAUCCACGCCGCACGCUACCUGGAGUGCUCCGCCCUCAACCAGGACGGCAUCAAAGACGUGUUCGCCGAGGCUGUGAGGGCCGUCCUCGACCCGCAGCCUGCCGUCCAGAAGAAGCACUGUGUCCUGCUGUGAGGGGGCGGAGCUUCAGAGGCCAAGCCCGCCCCAGAACCGGCUGGGUCAUCGCCCCCUCAGACACUGUGUGGAGGACCCUGUGGUUAGAGGUUUAUCUUUGGGGGGGUAGGAAGGUUCUGGGCUAUGUGGGACUCACGGGGCCAGGUCUGGUCCUGGGGGGCCGAGUGUUAAUUUAAAGCAUUUGUGAUGAACUGUAAAAAAAACGAUUAAAAUCAAGAUGAAACUCCAA